CAAGGGAACCCAGUUCAAGCCAGUGAAGCAUACGUGAAUAUAUCCGAACGUCUGAUUUUGAGCGAAGAGGAAACGGUAGUUAUUCAAUCGUCGCCAUCAAGUAACGCAGUACCAAGAAGAAAACAUCAAAUGGACUCUGAGUAUAUGUCCAUUAAGGGAAUAACAACAAAGUUCAAGAAAUGGGAAGUAAAACGGGAAAAUGUUCAAAUCUCGAGAGUUAUUGGAAAGGGUGCUUUCUGUCAGGUUGCUAAGGCAACUGUAUCAGAUAUUAAUGGAAUAAAGGGAGCAACAACAGUGGCAGUUAAAAUGCUGAAAGGUAUGUUGCGGAGACAAGUAGUUGGUACCUAUCAUUUAAAUCGUAAUUACAGGACAGAUUAUCAAUAAAUCAACAAUUUUUACAAGGAAAAAUGCGAACUUUGAACAACAUACAUGGCAAAGCGGCUCUUUCCUGUUGGGAUAGUUUGUUGCGUACUCUAAGAGUGGCAUUCCUUAUUCGUAUGAGAACAUUUCGUAUGAGCACAUUGUAUUCUAUGCAACUACAAGUCUCAAACGUGAAAAUGAAUCAGUAGAAGAGACGUCAUCUGGCUUAACUUUUAUACACCUCCUCACAUGCUUAUGUGUAAUGGCAAUGUUUUUCUUUAUUUUUGAUAGAAAAUGCCCCGGAUAAUGACAAGAAAGAUCUACUGUCAGAGCUGGAUUUGAUGAAGAAACUGAGGCCUCAUCCUCAUGUCAUUAAACUGAUGGGAUGCGUCACUAAAACUGGUAAAAUAGGAAAAAGAUAUCGAUGACACUUUCGUUUGUUCCGUCAAAUCUGAAUUUUAGUUAAGUUUCAUUUUGAAACAAAGGGUUAUUUUGCAGAUCCUUUGCUUGUUCUGAUUGAAUACAUACCUUAUGGUGAUCUGUUGGGUUACCUAAGGAAGAGUCGCGGCCUAAAUGACACAUACUUUAAAGAUCCGGAUGUUAAACCUGAGACCAACCUAACCUCAGAGCAACUGAUACAAUUUGCCCUGCAGAUUGCUGAUGGAAUGAACUUCCUUUCUGCUAACAAGGUAUUCACGAAGCGUGUGUCAGUGUAGCACCUUGUUUUCCACUCUGAAAAAGUGUUAGGUCGUAGCAAAACUUUGCUCUGAAGGAUGAUUUGGAGGGUAAAAGUAACCCUUCGACGCUAAUGAACCACAAAUUCUCGGAUUAUGGCGAAAUUACCUGGUUUGUCAUGUUUAUCAAGGCUGAAUUGUUGUGCACAAUGAUAACCCAUACGGGCACCUACUUGUUUCACUCCCCUCUUCCCCACUGCAAAAAAGGGAAAAACAACAUGUAAAGAAAAUAUUAUUCCUUUCGUCGCAAGCGUAAGACUGAGAAAGAAAUCCAAGUCCUCUAUCGCAUCUAAUGUAUGGAGUUAGAUCGGAGCUAUGUAAUUCUCAUUUCCUGUCCCCCAAACCUCCUCGUCAUGUCGUCAGAUGUUUCUGUUUCUCGUGUUACCUUCGUGGCUUGUCUAAUUUCGCUUCUUGAGUCACUCCACAUUUUGUGGCGUCGAAAGGUAAUUUGUGUCGUCGAAAAGUAAUUCGUGUCGUAGCAGUCACUGCUUGUGAUCAGCGGUAAGCACGUUUUUAAUCGUUAUGUUGUGUAUCGUCUCUUUCUGUGAAAAUGUCCUCCAGCACGCUGAGUUAUCAUUCAACUAACUUUAACUCUUUUUAUUAAGAAUGCCAUUUGUAAUGUUUCUUGAACGCUCGAAAGUGUACUGUUUCAGUAAUAACCGCAACGAAAUUGAUUAUGCUUUGUACUAGAUGGAUCAUUUUCUAACGUUGGGCAUUCAACGUUAGAUCGUUUGGAAAGGCACUUAUAUUGCUUGCAUUAUGUAUAUUUGCCUUGAAUACACUUGCAACUAUCCUUGUUUUAAGAUGGCUUUGACAACCAUCCUCUCAGAUCUAAAUUAAACAUGACACCUGCUCAACUCUGGACGUAUGGUGUAUUAUUUGGACGAGGAUGUACCUGAUAGUGAAACUUUAUCCUAUUGAAUUGAUUUUCAUGAUCCUCCACCUUAUGAAGAAUAUGAUAGGGAAACAUGGAAAGAGGGGACGAUUGAAGUUCCAGAAAUACCAUGACCCUUACCUAGAGAGUCUUUCAAUCUUUUUAAAUCACAAGUUAACCCACUUGAUCGAUCUGAUUGUCAUGGACUAGACCUUAACAUCAAAGCUGUAGAGAUUAUUCAUGGCUUGUUUUUUACAAAAUCGAGUACAAGAAUAGAAUUUCUGCUCGCUGGAAAGAGUUUGAAAUAACAAUUAUUAAGCAAGAAAACAGAACAAAUUUUGGAGAUGAAAUGAGUGAAACAAGUAAAUAAGCUAUGCGUAUACACUAGUAUGAUCAAAGGUGGAAUGAGUACGUGAAAUGGUAAAAUUUGUCGGCAGUCUAGUACCACAACCUAGCCCUAAACUUCGAACUUUUGAACAUUAGGAUUAGGGUUAGGGCUAGGGUUAGAGGUAAAGGCAAAGUUAGGAUGGCAUAAUCCACAAAAAUUACGCCAUUCCACCCGUCAUGCCAUUCCGCAAACUCAUUCUUCCUUUUAUCCUUACCUUGUGUAAACAUUACUUUGAUGUUCAUCACAAAUUCAAAUUAACUGCAACAUAACUAAAUAAAAGUAAUAAUGUAACUAGUUUCAUUAAUAGUUAACAGUUCUAGCAUUCUCCACAAUGCAUGCUUGGCGGGGUCCAAAAUCUAUAUGGCCUCUGAAACUGUUUUAAUUUCAGCAAUCAGGCCGAUGAAUAUAUAUUUUUUUCAUCAUAUAUGGGGAGAGACAUUAUUGUGGUAGUCGUUGACUAUCAAUUUCAUAACUUGAACAACACAGCAGUGAUGUGUACCUCUCAUUCACAAGUCAAGAACAUGCAAAAUUUGUAAAACAAGCGAGGCAGUUUUACAGCCUUCAAUAACAUAAAUAUUUUGUUUUGAAUGCCUUCAUCUGCUGUAUCCAAUGAAACAAAGCCUAGACAAUACCAAAACCAAAACACUCCUUUAGCAUUGAGAUACCAGCCUUGGUCAUUAAUUCAAGGGAGUUGAUAUGAUGAGGCAAAUUCAAAUGCAAGUCACAAGUUGAAGCACUUGGCCGACAUUUGCAGUUUUCUGGACAUUCAAAAACAAAAGAGAGCAUGAUGGGUGUUUGGAAGCCAAGGGCUGGUUUUUGCUGACAACCGGUGAUUAAUUUUAAGAUAUCCUCAACAGAAAGUUGGCAUUCAGGAAUUCCUAAAUGUACAGUAUGAAAUCUACCUUGAGAAAUUUUCUUUAGUUGUGUUGCAUAUUACUGCAAUUCAAAAAAGAGCUUAAGCUCAAGCCAGAAGUUGUCGUUAGAAUCUAUUAGUUGAUUCACACAAAUAUUCAAAGAGAAAAGCAAAAAGAGUUGAAUAUACGGGCAUUCGUACAGUGUAGUCAAAAACGCAGAUAACUAUAUGCCUAUAUCAAGAGGUCAAGAAAGUGAUCAAACACAGUGCUUUCCAAACGGUUUAACAUUGAAUGCACAACGUUAGAAAAUGAUCCACCUGGUACAAAGCAUAGUCAAUUUCGAUGCGCUCAUUACCGAAACCGGUCCAACGUUCGCACAACAUUAAAAGUGGUAUUCUUCAAUUAACGUUAGUUGAAUGAGAACUCAGUGUGCUAAAGGAUAUUUUCCCAGUAAGAGGCGAUACACAACAUAACCAUUAAAGACGUGCUUACCGCUGGUCACGGGCAAUGACUGCUACGACACGAAUUACGUUUCGACGCCCGCGAUAUGUGGAGUGACUUAAGAAGCGACGUCAUACGCGCCACGAAGAUAACACGUGAAACAGAAAAUUCUUCCGACGACAUGACGAGGGAGUUUGGAGGACAGGAAAUGAGAACUAUAUAGCUCCACGAAGUAUGAAUCGACGACACGAACAGAGGAUGCCAAUUUUGUCCCCAUCUUACUCCAUACUGGUAGACGAACUACCGACCCAUAGAAAACUCUUUGGUGAGCAAGUUAAGUUCAUUUAUGACAACGUUCCGCAUACUAUUAGGAUCAGUCAUGUUGAAAGUGUCGUGUGAAAGUAAAUUUAAAAGAAAGAUGGUAAAUUUCCAGCUCUGCCGUCGAUUAGAGAAAGUUUUUGGUUUCUGACAAUUGGAUGACCGAACUCAGAACUUACCGAUUUUCCUGUUCUGAAUGGCUCCAUUUUUUAAAUUACAUUACAUCCAUGUGUCAGAUCAUCCACCGUGACUUAGCGGCCAGAAAUGUUCUUGUUGGUGAAGGAGAGAAGUGUAAGGUGACAGACUUUGGAAUGGCGAGGAAUGUUAACCAGGAUGAUAUCUACAACAAAACAAGUCGGGUAGGAAACUGAGUUAUUCCCUUUUCUCUUUUAACUCGCCUCCAUUUUAGAAGAGUUUUUUCGCUCUUACAUCAAUUUCUACUUAGGAUGUCGUACUUUGGAAAGUUCACCAAUUCUCCUCUGAAUGAAGGAAGAAAUCGAUAUGGAUUUAAUAUUUCUGUUGUGUGAUUUGAACAGGGCCGUCUGCCAGUAAAGUGGACCGCCUAUGAGGGUUUAGUAUAUGGAAAAUACACAACGCAAAGUGAUGUGUAAGUAUUCCCUCCUUUAAGAUGCUCUAAACGUAGCCAUCUGGGUAUGACUCAACUCCAGGUGCGGAUUUUGGUCAUUCUAAUUUCUAAGAAGUCCUACAAUGCACGCAGAUUGAAAUAUCUUUUUAUUUUCACUUCCACUUUCAUUUUGUCACAAAAAUUUCGCUAAGGUGAAGUUAAGAUUAGUAGUUAGGUUUGACUUGAGCAAACGUUCACCACAAACGGGAUCACAAAGAUUUUAUGCUGUAUUCUGAAAAGAAAUGAGCUCAAAGUUACCGGUAUCCCUUUAACCAUCGCAAGCAUACCUCUUACUAGCUUAGUUCUCCUUCCUGUAUAGCUUCCCAGAUAAUGCGUUUUUUGGCCGUCAUUUGAAUCUCCAUGCUUUCUAAAAAAUGAUCAUGGAGACUGUCUAGCGGCCUUAAAGGAUGCUGGCAAAUAAGAUUGACGAAAAUCAGUUGAUGUUGAAACUCAUGUCGUUUGAAAACUUAUCUCAGCAGGGAGCUUGAAUUUUUUGCGUAGUAAAAAAAGCUAUACUUUGCAGGAACUCAAGUUGAUAGCCAAGCUGGUCGCUCAUUCUUGAACCAUGUUUAAACAUUAAUAUAUAAAGACUUAACCUCUUUCCUGUCUCGAUUUAUUCAUAUUUCUUUUUUAAGACUUCAGGCUACGUGCAAAAUCCCAUAAUAGAUCUUGGCCGAUGAUGUCGGGACCACUGAUUAAAAUAAAAUCUGUUUUCUAAGCAGCGAGAAAGUUAAAAUCGCGAAUUAUCAUAUUUUACUUGACUCAGAGUACUUCGCUGCCUCAUGCAUUUCAUUGCUUUUUCCUUUUUUGUCAUUUGUAGGUGGAGUUUCGGUGUUGUUCUGUACGAAAUAUUUACUGUAGGUACGUCUGAAUCUAGCAAAUAUAUAACAGUUUUAUCGUUAAAACAAAGCACUAUGUUAAUAUUAUUCUUGCCUCAUUACUUUUGUUUAAGCGUUCAUUUUAUGUCCAUAGGUGGAUCUCCUUACCCCGCGAUUAACGCUCGCGAAAUUGCAAAGAAACUUCAGCAAGGAUACAGAAUGCCAAAACCUAAACAUGUUGAUGAACAGCUGUAAGUGUUCUGCUGCUGUUGUUUUUAAUCCUUGUUACCACAGAUAGCAAUGAGAGGUAUAAGUGUUUGAUGUCCUGUCAUUAAUUUAUGACCAUUCAGCUGAAUCAACACGUUUUGGUAUGACUCAUGCCAUCAUCCGUACUGUUACAGUAAGUUAACCGGAAACGAGACAUGCGCGCGCGCAAGUUUGACAUUUGGAAGUUUUGGUAUUUGAUGGUUUUGUAUUUAGGUUUGGUACUGUGAUUUCUAACACUGCCAUUUGAUUGAAAUUGAUAAUGUAAUUUUUAAUGUAACGUGUGAAAACUAAGUAAACGGAUACGACACAAUGGAAGAUGGCACGUGUCACGCCGAAACAUGUCUUUAAAAAAGUUUAAUCAAAAGUUUGAAAUUUGUUUUAUUUGACCAAGUAGGCUUUGAAAAUGCCAACGAGUUAAUACCUUGUGCAGUGUAAAAAUCACAGAUGUCUGUGUUUAUACGGCAAAAUCGCGAGAUCUCAAGAUGUAACCAAAUCCGAAAACUAAAUCUCGGAGUUAAGAUUCUUAAUAUUAUUGUAGAUGUUAUAUUUAUCACUUGUCUUUAGUUACCAGAUUAUGGUCCAGUGCUGGCAGGAAAAUCCAAACGACAGACCGACAUUCCCUUCACUUAAAGACGUUAUCACUCGUAUGUCUAAAAACAAAAAUGUGAGUGAAAAAUUACGUUUUUCUUUAGCCGUAGUAGUAGAUUAUUAG